CGCUCAGUUUACUCUCAGGUUUACUUGGACUUUCCUUCCUCCACAAAUCGGACUGAGCCACAUUUGAGCGAUCCGCGUCUCUUUUCUGCUGUUUUCCUGCUUUUAACGGAAUUUACGGAGCAAUGUUUUUAUUAAAGAGGCUGUGCGUCCUCCUGUUAUGUUCUGUGGCAACGACCUCUUCUGCUGACAAGAUGACAGCAGCCACCGUGUACUGGGACCCCCAACACAAGGUCGUCCUGCUGAAGGAAGGGGUUCUGGAGAAGGAAGGAGAUGCAUACGGUUAUCUGAACGACACCCUGUCAAGUACAGGCUGGAGUGUCCUAGAGAUCCGUGCUGGGUACGGGGAGACCCCUGAAACCGAUGAGGUGACCUUCUUCUUGGCUGGAUACCUUGAAGGCUUUCUCACUGCCCAGCAGAUGAUGGACCACUAUGCCAACAUGUAUCCACAGCUGAUCCACGACCCAAAGAUCCUCAGCCCAGUUCAGAGUUUCAUGGCGAAACAAGAUGCAUGGACCAGAGAGCAAGUCAAACUGAACAAGAGCUCCGACCCUCUGUGGAAGCAUGCAGGCUUCAUCGUGGCUCAGAUGGAUGGACUGCAAGCAGGAGUCGCACACUGGGCGAAGAAACAGGGAAAACCGCCGCUGUCGCUGUUUGCCGUCCAGUUCCUGAACGCAGUGGGAGACCUGCUGGAUCUCAUCCCAUCCUUGGUCCCCACCUCCAACCCUCCACUCAGAAACUUCAAACUUCCAGGGAUGGGACACUGUUCUGCUCUCAUCAAGAUGAUGCCCGGCUUUGAGAACCUCUUGUUUGCCCACUCCAGCUGGUACACCUACGCUGCUACAAUGCGGAUCUACAAACACUGGGAUUUCCACAUCACUGAGCCCCACGCAGCCACCGGGAAACUGUCCUUCAGCAGCUACCCUGGGUUCCUUGUGUCUCUGGAUGACUUCUACCUCUUGGGCAGUGGUCUGAUGAUGACCCAGACCACCAACAAUGUCUUCAACACCUCCCUCUUUGGGACAAUCACUCCCAACAGCCUCUUAGCAUGGCAGAGGGUCAGGCUGGCUCACAGUCUGGCAAAGACCGGAGAAGAGUGGGCAAAAACAUUCUCCAUGCACAACUCUGUAUCGGUUGGUUGGAGGUGGAGCCGGAAAGACGUGGAGUCACCAACCUCCUCAGCCUCUGGCUCUACUUGUGUAGGCACCUACAACAACCAGUACAUGGUGUUGGACAGGAGCCGAGUGAAGCUGGGCCAUAGUCUGGAUGACGGCGCUCUGACCGUGGUGGAGCAGAUCCCAGGCCUGGUGGAGUACUCUGACCAGACGCAGGCUCUGCGCAGAGGUUAUUGGCCGUCCUACAACGUUCCUUUCCACCACAAGAUCUACACGCUGAGUGGUUAUGGUGAAAUGUGGGAGGAGUAUGGAGAAGACUUCUCCUACGAUCUCUGUCCCAGAGCCAAGAUCUUCCGUCGUGACCAGGCUGAGGUCAAGGACCUGGACUCCUUGAAGCACAUUAUGAGGUUUAAUGACUACAAGAAGGAUCCAUACUCCAAAGGGGACCCCUGCAAGACCAUCUGCUGCCGUAAUGACCUAAAACCAGUGCACCCUACUCCGGGAGGUUGCUAUGACACCAAGGUGACAGAUUUCCACAUGGCUGGGGACUUUCGGGCAGAGGCAGUGAACGGGCCAACGACCCAAGACGGACUCCCGCCUUUCUUAUGGGAUAAAUUCAGCAGCAUCAGCCACCAGGGUUUGCCGCAGUACUACAACUUUACCUUCAUCCCGAUGCAGCCGGUUCUCUUUGAGCCAUGAGGUGUGUUUGUGAGUGAGAUGGACAGAGGGAGGUUCUGUGUGUCUGAUGCCUUCUGUGGAGAUAAUGAUGGGAGUCAACGGUACAAUCUGAUGUUUCUUUUGUGCUUCUCACGUCUUUCUAUACACUGAUUAUUUUUGUUUUAAGUCUCAAAGUUACAAUCCCCUUGAUCCCCAUUUUUAUUCUCAUGGCGGCAACCAUGGCAACAAGUGGUAAAUGCAGUUGUGUCUUCCGAUCUGACAUUUUGUGACAGACACACAGUUCCUAAGACUGUGAGUUCAAGGGCUUUCAUCACUGGACCGAAGGCUCAAUCCCUAUUGUGUAACCUCAUUCUGUGAUAGUCACUUAACAGAAAUGUAUUGAAAAUUGCGUCCCAUCAUCUGUGUUUUUACAUUUUAAAUGUUUUGACUAACAGUACCUCCACCCACCUGAUAAAAUGCAGGAUGUCAACCUGCCAAUUAGAGUUAAACUCAAUAUAUGUCCCCCAUGUGCGUUAUUUAAUUUGGAACAGUUUUUUUUUUAUACCUUCAGCCAUUUGUGCCUUAAUCACUGAAAGCGACUUGUUUAUUUUAUAAUAUACUGAAUGAAUGCACUAAAUCAUUAAAGAGAUCUAAUCUUUAUUGAAAUGUUUGAAUUUCUUCGUACAUACAAACAUCAUUUCAAUCAUUAAUGUCUAAAUCAGUACAAUGUCAUACUCAGGGCGGUGAUCUCUCUUGAUGUUAUUUGUAUUCAGAUAAUUAUACUGCGCAGGAGGAAAAUAUCUCAGGUUGAAAUAUUUAUUACAAUCCUGAGUUUCAUUUGUAAUACUUGUAAAUACCAUCUGUGUUAAUGUAGUUCUCUUUAUUUGCUCAUAAUAGAAAAGUCCACUCCAAUGACUGUAUGAAGAUUGUUUAUUAAAAGA